AUGCAAGGCCUACGCCGCUGCUCAAACGAUGUCGUACACCUCGACCUCACUGCUCCAACAUCCGCCGCAACCAACUCCUCCACCACCUCAUCGUCAUCAUCUUCGUCACUCUCCAUCGAUGUGGAGGAGUCAACAGAAGCACGCAUCCAGCGGCUCAUAUCGGAACACCCGGUGAUCAUCUUCACUCGCUCUUCCUGCUGCAUGUGCCACGUCAUGAAGAAGCUCCUCGCCACCAUCGGCGUGAACCCCACUGUCAUCGAAUUGGAUGACCAUGAGAUACCCGCCCUCCCCGACACCACCCGCACCCCCGCCGUCUUCAUCGGCGGUGCCUCUGUCGGCGGACUGGAGUCCCUGGUUGCCCUCCAUGUCAGCGGUCACCUUGUCCCCAAGCUCGUCCAAGUAGGCGCCCUCUGGAAUUCACAAAAGGUAAAAAGCCCAGAUAGAUUCAAAGCCAAAACAGGGUGCAAGGACAAACUUGAAUUACUGUCAUCAUGCCAAGAGACAGCAGCAUUGAUGGGUGGUGUGUGUGAUGGCAUGCAUGACUGCAUCCCCAUGAAACCUCAGCCAAGGUCUCAAUUCAAUAGUCUAAAGGGUAUCACCCACAUGAUCACCAUCAGCCAAAGAAUCAAAAAUAUCAACUUUCAAUUCAAUGUUGCCCUUUGA